AUUUUGCAGGGAUGUUUCUAUCAGGGAUCACCCUCUUUACUAUUCAUCUCCUUUGCGGUGUCAGCUCCUCUCCCAGACCCAAUAUUGUGUUGAUAAUGGCAGAUGAUCUAGGUUGGGGGGACGUGGCCCCAAACAACCCUGACAUUAACUACACACCCAACAUAGCUAAGCUUGCAUCACAAGGAGUACGCUACACAGACUACCACAGUGCUGCUUCAGUCUGCACUCCCUCUCGAGCAGGACUACUGACCGGCAGGUUGGGGCAGAGGACUGGGGUCAUACAUAACUUCGGUGUUUACGCGAAAGGGGGCUUGCCACUUAGUGAGCACACUAUGGCAGAUUAUUUGAAAAGUGUGGGUUACAAAACUGGGAUAAUCGGAAAGUGGCACUUAGGUCACACUCACAAAUACCACCCCCUGUCUCGAGGCUUUGAUUACUAUUUUGGGCUCCCUUACUCAAACGAUAUGGGGUGCCUCAACAAAUCAUCUCCCGUCUACAACAUCAAAGUGGAUCCAUAUUGUGGAGCCAACAUAAGGAACCUUUCUCUGCCACUUUUUGAAAAUAGGGAUAUUAUUGAGCAACCUGUAGAUUUGAUAACUCUAACUGAACGAUAUGCUAAGAAAGCUCUGCAGUUCAUUAGUACCUCUUUAGAAGAAAAGAAACCCUUUUUUCUUUACAUUCCAAUGACCCACGUGCAUGUUCCUUUAUACUUUGCUAAACAGGAAACUGGAAAUCACUUUAUCGACACCGUUAUUGAAAUGGACCAGUAUGUAGGUAAGCUGAUCAAUUUUUUAAAGCAAAACCAACUCGAAAAGAACACAAUCGUCAUUUUUACUUCAGACAACGGACCUUGUGAAUUCAAAUGUGACCUUGCAGGAACUUCAAAACCUUAUUUGGGAGAGUGGCAGAAAACGAAGGGAGAGGGUGGAUCGUCCAGUAAGAUGACCACAUGGGAAGGAGGUCACAGGGUCCCAUUCGUGGUAUCUUGGCCCGGAGUCAUACCUAAGGGGCAGGUCAGCGGGGAUUUGGUGAGCGCCUAUGAUAUUCUCCCUACGUUGGCUCAGAUAUCAAACUUUUCCCUGCCAAAUGACCGAGUGUUCGAUGGGAUUCCUUUGCCAUUUGUUGUUCCACAUGAAGAUACCCGCACUCUCUUCCACCCGGAUGUAGACCUCCUGGAGCUCUGGUCAGUUAGAUACGGCAAGUACAAGAUUUACUACGCUACUUACCCUGAUCACGACUGUGAGAAUAACUUCGGGACAGGGUUCCUGUACCACAACCCAGCUCUGGUGUUUGACCUGGACAAUGACAGCAGCGAGAGCUCUCCGCUCAGUCUACAAGAGGUCCCGGCAGGUCUUUAUCACAAGAUAGAGUCUUUAAAGAAGAGAAUGAGAGACAGUAUUUACACCAGUUUUAGGUCCACAGUGAACUGGAAAACCGAUGAGGAUGUGGCAGCUUGUUGUAACAAACAUAACAAGUACUGCGCCUGUUCAGUGGUCCAUUAGUGGAGACUGGAGGUACAUUACGUUGUAAUGUUACAAACAGUACUUCACUAUCUUAUGAAGGCUUUGUUUCUCGAAGUUACAUUUACUGUGGCUGUUUUCUUUCUCACAAACUCCACGGUAAAUCAGGGUUUUACUGUAUAUUGGGUAUAUUGUAUAAUAUCGGUGAUGCUUGCACCUGGAAUUAUAGAUGAUAGGUGAUCUAAGCUAUCUGAAAUUGGGUUAAAUCUUUUUAUUAUUGUAAUUAUGAUUUUUUGCGAUUUUCUUACAAGUCUUGAUUUUAUUAAUAUUUUCAUAUUUAUUUAUAAAUAAUUGACUUUUAAAAACAAAAUUAAAGAGGCGUUUAUUUCUUAAUAAAUGCAGAGAAACUAGCGGGCUGCGAUGAAUGGUGACGUGCCACCUGGCCACCAUGGCAACAUUAACUGUAUUGGCUCUGUUACAUCGCUUCCUGUUAAACGUAAUAUAAAGCUCUGGAACAUAAAAAGGGUUCGAAUUAAAGGUAUUUAUAAAUUUCACAACUCUCGCCGUAAUUCUUACAGAAUUCAACAAAAUCCGAAAAUGGGGAAACUAAUUACAACACUACAAAUCUAUUAUAUUUAUUGAGGACGUUACAGAAGGAAUUAAUUUAAUGUAGUUUGAGGGGUCCUAAGUCUCCUCACGUCCAAAAAUGGCGUUUCUCUUGUCGCUAAUAUAAAAUAAUAAUAAAAACAUUUGAAUACAACUACAAUUACUAAUAAAAAACAGCAAGCCCCAAAAAAGUGCAACGAAGCACAAAGUACAAUUAAUCACAAACAAUGAAGUAUGCGACUGGACAGAGAUAAGAAGCCCAAUAUACACUACUUUACUACAUAUGUAGUGACUUCAUGUAUACAUGAAGUCACAAACUGUGAAAUUGUGCCAGCGUUUGAGAGUACAUGCUGGUUGAUUAUUAAAUAAAUGUUUAAAAUAUUUAUACAAUCUGACCUUCUUUUCAAAAUUCUAAAAUCAGUCACAACAAGUGAAGAGGAUUUGUAUAUAUCCUAUCACUAA